AGAAGUCUGGUCGUCCCGAGUGGAAAUCGCUGGCGCCAUAUGCAUGUUUGGCGCCGGUUGGUAGUGCCCGAUUUCGUACUGCUUCGAAUAGGAAUAACGUAGAAAGAUUGUGACAUCUUCAAGCUUGUGAACUUUGUUAUAUGUGAUUCGUGCAUGUCGAGUUCCCGAUUUGUUUACUUUCUAAGUUAUUAGUAUUGGAACGUUGUUUUCCAUAAGGCAUGUCAUUAACUGUUCUUAAGUGUCAACUCGCGUAAUGGGAAGGAAAAUUCCAGGGAAGAAACACAAAGGAGUGAAAGAUCCACUGCAGCAGUUAGCCAAACGCAAUCAGAGUCUUUCAGCAAAAGUCAAUGCACCACCAACUCAACCAGAUGAUCAGAGUGUUCCAAAAAGUUUAAUACGUCUUAUGAAGUUGAAGGAUGAUGUUAAACAAGGAAAGUUCAAGCACAAGAAGAAGAGGAAGAAGCGGAAACGUGGGGAGUGGCUUAUAGACACCAAAGUCCUUGCUGAAAAGGACCACAAAGUACCUGGUAUGACACGGCCUGACAAACCUGUGCCACAUCUGAUUCAGAGACCUGGUGAAUCAGAGUUCCACUUCUUACGUCGAAUAGAGCAAGCUUGUCAAGAAGUAAUAAAAGAAUCCCAGUUUGAGGAUAAAUUUGGAGUAAAUGUUAUAAGAGAUACAGAUACAGGUGAAGUGGUUAAUGUUGUGAAGAAACCGAAGGAUCCUGUUCUUGAGUUUGAUGCAACAAAGAAAAAGAAGAAAAACAAUGAUAGUGCAAAUGCCACCGACAGUUUGUCGAAAACAGCUAGGAGGCGGCAAAAGAAACUGGAGAGGAAACAAUUGAAUAACAGUGAUAAGGAAAGAGAUUUUGACAUGUUUAAGGACAAUGUGAAGUUUGGAGAGGUUGUCAGUGAACCUCCACAGUUGAAAGCACCAAAAGGAAUCAAAAGCAACCCACUGGAAUCAAAGCCUGGAAGAAAGGAUCUAUUAUUGAAGACUUUUCUGGAGAACAAGUAUGCUACAACAACAACAACAACAACAACAACAACAACAUCAUCAUCAUCAGCUAAGCUGGAUUUGACUGUGAAAAGGAAAAAACUUCCUGCUGCAGAACUUCGCCAACUUGAGCUUCAAAGGCAGGCAGCUGUUAAUGCCUACAGGUUUGUCAAAUCAAAGAAUCUGGACAGACGGCCUCUGGCACUGUUGGAAAAAUGAAGUAUACCAAAAUAUUUUUAUAUUGACAAUAAAUUAUACUUUUUACUUAAAACAUUUGCAUUUUUCUUGUUUGUGUGCGUGCUGUAAUGGCGAUCUAGCUCUGUGCUGGACUAUGCAGAAGAAAAAACUGAAUAUACACGUACACAAUAAAGUAAGAAUCAACUGUCAACAGUGACUUGUGAAAUUCACUUUUCAGACAAUAGAUGUUGCCAAAAUGACAACACAUUUGAAUCUUUGGCCACUAAAUUCAGUUAUUGCAAUCUAGAGUGAGGUACCUAUCGUACUACGCUGAAAGGUAGAAUACUUUGUGCAUUGUCAAUUCAGCAGUAGGUGGACAGCUGACCAUAGUGCACAUGUAUGCUUAGCAAUAUUGUUACUGGUCAGAGUUUCACCAUUUCAAUGGGAAUACAGUGCCACCAUCAUAGACAACAGCAAAAAGAACACAACCAAAUAAAUUGAGACUAAAUUUUAGAAGCAGAUGACAAAUUCACACCCAGAUCUAGCUGCAACAUCAGGAGAGUGUAGUUGGUUUUAUGAAUGUAUGUUAUAUAUUAGCCUAGCUCUGGAGAGGACAUUGUCUGAAAGCUCAGUAAUGCUUUCAGUCUCAUUUAUGUGCACAUAGCAGUGAGUGUUACCUUUACAGUGUGGGGUUAGGUGUUAACUGGGACUAAAAAUGAAAAUUCUGUGUAACAAAUAAGAUAUACACUAAACACACAGCUUUUUAUUCUUGGUAUUUAGACGUUUGUGUUAACAUCACCGUACAGCACGUGAAUGCCAAUUGCGAGUACAUAUGAAUCGGUACUUCACAUCCAGUGCAAUUGCGCUCUUUUUUUUAAUGUAGUAUUAUGCUGUGAGAUUACUGGCUGAAAUUGGCAUUAAUUACAAAAGUAAAUCACUGUAGUUUAGCACAAAGGAUAUUACUUGUCCUAGUUACAAAAAGGUAAGUAGUGUGAUUUUGUGUGAAAGACAGUAUUGCUUAAAUGGGAAGUUGAAGAAGUACUUGCGUACCACUAUAGUGAACGUAUAUUGUGAGUGGGCUAACACCACAAUUGUAAAUAACCUAUCAUGAAACUGCAUAGUACUAUGUACCAUUGUUACCAGUAAAUCAAAUCCAGUCAAUAUGCUAUACUACAGGGUGCGGCACUCAAAUAAGAUGAUUUGUGCAGAUGAGAUGAGAGAGCUGUUAGUGAGGCAAGGAAUUUACCAUGCUUGUCUUGUAAUGGUACUUUAAUUACGUAACCAUUACGGCAGCUCACCUGUACCUCUCAACACCAGCUAUAUUCUACUGUGUUUCUGUUAACUACUUAACAUAUUUCUGAGACAACAUUCAGAUUUGAUUUCAUUUGUGAUUCAUCGAUAUGUUUAUAUUGCAAUGACAUUAUUCUUAUGUGUAUUUUUUCUUUUGUCACUAUGAUCUUUGACAUACUUGUAACUCUGAUUUUUGGGUGCGUAAGUGAUAGUUAGUUAGUUGUUAACUUAUUGGAGAGUCGGACCUUGAAAAGGUCAAGUCGUGGACGUCAUGUUGGAAAGACGAAUAUUGUCGUCAGCUUAUAAAAUGUGAACUUUAACAGUGACUGUGAGGAAGAUGUUUUCAAGUAUGUUUUGUAAUGUGAAGUGAUGUUUGUGUGUCACGUGAUAUUGCAAUAAAAGCAAUUAAAAGGAAGUGUAACUUAAA